AUGGAGGAGGUCAGUGAUGGAGGAGGUCAGAGAUGGAGGAGGUCAGAGAUGGAGGAGGAGGACAGUGAUGGAGGAGGUCAGAGAUGGAGGUCAGUGAUGGAGGAGGUCAGUGAUGGAGGAGGUCAGAGAUGGAGGAGGUCAGUGAAGGAGGAGGUCAGAGAUGGAGUGAUGGAGGAGGUCAGUGAUGGAGGAGGUCAGAGAUGGAGGAGGUCAGUGAAGGAGGAGGUCAGUGAUGGAGGAGGUCAGAGAUGGAGGAGGUCAGUGAUGGAGGAGGUCAGAGAUGGAGGUCAGUGA